UAAAAUAACGCCCUUAUUAAUUUUAGUAAUUCUAUUCAUAUAUUGCAAAAACAUUAAUUCAUAAAGAAACAUUUUAAUUAGGUUAAAACAUAAUUUUAUUUCUUCUUUCGUCGUGUGUCGACAAAGAACAAAAAUCCCCAAAACCAAAAAUCUAGGAUUCCGGCCCGUUGCUAAUUGAUUCGCGUUGCCGGCUAAGAUCGAGUUCGUCGUGGAGGGGAGUUUCGAUUCACCCGCAACUUAAUCGACCUUACUCCGACAUUAAGGCUCGAUUUCGUUUCUUGUUUAAUCCGCUCUCGAACCUCCGUUGCUGCACCCUUGAGAUCCGUCGUAUUCUCCACCAAAAUUACAAACUGAUUUCUUGUUUGCUCUAUGAAUAUACUAGAGUUUGUAAGACUAAUAUUCUUGAUUUCAUGCUAAUUGUUUUUUUCUCUUUGAUAGAUAUGGCAUCUCCUAGCCAAAAAAAGCUAUCCACAUCUACUCUAUAAAAAAAACAAAGCUCCUAGUCAACAGAAAAGUAUGUGCUAUUAUAGCUAUUUGUCAAAUUUUCAGAUGGUUAAAGUUGGAGUGGGAAUUGAUGCAUGGGAUGCAGUAAAGAAUUCUGCAGUUGGUGUAUUUCCUUGGUUUUAUGAGCUCAAAUUCAUAUGGUGUGCUAAGCUUGUCCAUCACCUAUUAACGCAUCAGCUGCGAGUUAAGAAGAAUUAUGAGUUGUGGUCGUUGAUUGACUGUCUUCCCAUCCGUCUCUCUUUGAUAGAAUUUGGAAUGAUCAGUGGGAUGAACUGUGAUCUUUUUCAAAAUGAGGAGAAUUUUGAUGUUGAUCAUAGAGAGUUUUGGACAGAGAUGGGGGUUUCCACAGCUGUUGGUCCCAAUUUGGUUGAGUUGCGGUGUGUUUUGGAAAGAUGCAAAGAUUGGAGUGUUGAGAAGAGGACAAUGGUUGGAUUGCUUUGUGUUCUUCAUCUUGCCGUCUAUGGAAUAGCUCCCACCCGUCGACUUCCAUUGCAGUGUGCGAAGAGAGUUCUUGAUUUUGCAGCUUUCCAGAGAUAUCCGUGGGGUCGUGCAGCUUGUCAGACUUUGGUACAUUCCGUAAAGUGUGCCGACUACACCGCAAAAGAAUCUUAUACCAUUGAAGGGUUCAUUUUUAUCUUGCAAAUAUGGGCAUAUGAGUCGGUUACUGGCAUAGGAGAGCUUUACGUGAACAAAAUUGUUGGUGAAAAUGUGCCUCUUCUUUCAUGGAGUGGCUCCCGACGCUUCAAGUUUGAGGACUUCAUUAGAGAAGAGAAAAAACAUCAUGAAGCUAAGGUGCGUGUUAGGCAUUUUUUUUACACAGCCAGACGGACUGUUUACGCCAAAGUGGAGUGAUGAAAUGGAUGAUCCUGAUGUAAACGAAUACAUCACUCAUGAUUGUGUAAUUAAUAGAUUUUGGGAUGUAACUGAAGAACCGCCAGCUACCACCAAUAUAAAGCGCCCUGCAACAAGUGUUGAGAGUUGUAAAAAGAGAAAGGGUAAUGAUACAAAUACUGUUGAGGUUGAGGAAGAGAGUAAUGGUUCAAAGAAGGAAGACAUUCAUGUGAGCCGGCUUUACACUUUGUUGGAGACAUUGUCAGGAAAAGUUGAUAAAAUGGAUACAUUGAUCGAAGCUAAGGUUUGUGCUAUUAUUGCUCCUAUGAACGAGAAGCUGGCAACAAUGGAGAAGGAGCUUCAAAAGAUGAAAGAAAAAGAUUGUGCUGAUGAUAGAAAAGAAGAUGCAAAUUCCAUUGCUAAUGAAAAUGCUGAAGUGAAUAGCAAGGAAAUGUCUUGGAUGGUAGAGGUUAAUUCCACAUCGCAUGAUGGAUUACCCACUCAACGUGUUGUCAAGAAACCGAGGAAUGCAAGCAAAAAAAGUGGCAACGUGGUUGAUGAUAAGAAAAAAAUGGCUGAGAAGAAGUUGAAAAACAAAAUUAAAGAGCCACACUUACUUGACAACACAUUAGGGGAAGACAUGUGGUCUGAUCCAGUGCAGCGUGAGAAGUCCAAAGAACUCGGUGAUUGUUUAGAUGGCUUUGUAGACUUUGCUAGAAAGUUGAACAAGUCUACAUCUCCCACACCUUCCUCACCCCAGCACAAGCGCCAAACAAAGCUAGCAUCGUCGUAGCUAUUUCCGUUCGUAGGAAAUUUUAUUGUGAAGCGCAUCAUCACAAGUGUAACACCGUCCGUCUCGGCAUAUGAUCCGUUUUCUGCUGUUGAUGAUGAGAAAAUGAGGAAGUUACUGCAUUUCCUACUGGAUAAAGAGAAUGAUUUGGACAAAAGCUUCACUUCUAGUACUGAAUUCUAUAGAGUGAUUAUAACUCCAAGAAAUCAGUGGUCUUCUCAUAAUUAUGGCUGGUUGACUAACAUGCAUAUGUGGUCUGCCAUGAAGAUGUUCUAUAUGAGAUCACUUUCUGAUCAUUCACUAUACCAUUCUCAGCGCCUUGCAUUUUUGGAUCAGUGGGUCGUCAUCAAAAUUGUUGAAGAUUUCAAACAGUUCAACCCAAAAACCUGGAAAGUGACAGAUACAUAUAAGCGAAUCUUCAACGGUACGCAUCCAGCUGAUCGAGUCACGAACAAAAAGUGGUUUCACGAUAUUGACCAUCUCUACGCAUGUCAUUUUGUACACAACACUCACUGGGUUGCUUUGGACAUAGACUUGAAGAACAUGACAGUCACUGUUUAUGACAGCAUUCUGACUGUGUUAGAUGAUAACGAAAUACGGAACAGCUGUAGGCCGUUUGCGAAGAUGAUUCCAGCAAUCCUGAAUGCUAUGGUCCCUACUACUGUUUGGACGAAGAGUGGUAGACAGUUCACUGUAUGAAGGUUGAAAAGCGUUCCACGUAAUGACAACCCUGGAGACUGUGGUGUCUAUACCAUAAAGUUCAUUGAGUGUUUGGCGCUUGGUUGUACAUUUGAAGGGUUAAGUGAUGAGAUCAUUCAAGACGUUCGACGGAAGCUUGCUGCUGAGAUUUAUGAUGCCGUUGGAGAACCUCAGAUUACUGAUUGUUAGUGUUUCAACUUUGUUUUGCAGCUACAGUUUGCAACUUUUAUUUAGUUUAAUUUCCUACAGUUUUUCAAUUUUGUUUCUUUAUUUACGUUAAGUGGCUUCAUGUUACCAUGUUUAAUAGCUUGACAUUGCUGCUAGUACAUACUGUUUUUACAAGGAUCAAA